GCGCAAGAAACGCGGCGCAAGGUCUCCGGGUGCCUCGGGAAGGCUAGCGGACGUGGGGGACGUGCGGGAAGGGAUCCCUUUUCGGGGAUGGCCGGAGGGGCCUCCUCCCCUUCCUGCUGACAGAAGGAGAGGGGGGGGGGGCCGCCACCGGCGAGGCUUUUUUGCCAGCCCUGCCGGGCCAUCUCGCCUCGCUCAGCCAAUGGUAGCGCAGGAAGGGGGCAGGUUUUCGACUUAGUCACUCUCGCGUGGAGGAAAGGCAGAGAAAGGAGCAUCUUUUUUUCCCCGGCGGGGCUGAGGACGGGACCGCGGGGGUCUUCUCUUUCCUUCUCGCGGCCAGAGAGCCGGGGAGCGGCGCGCCUGCUUCUCCAUCCUCCCCGCCCAGACUCGGGUCGUCUUCUCUCGGGGCUGCUGUCCGGCGAAGCCGUCAGGGGCCCCCUUCGGUUGCAGAAUGAUCGCUGCUCAGCUACUGGCCUAUUACUUCACCGAACUAAAGGAUGACCAGGUCAAAAAGAUUGAUAAAUAUCUAUAUGCCAUGCGGCUGUCGGAUGAAACUUUGCUGGAUAUUAUGGGUCGCUUCCGGAAUGAAAUGAAGAAUGGCCUCUCUAGGGAUUUUAACCCAACAGCCAGUGUAAAAAUGCUGCCUACCUUUGUAAGGUCUAUUCCUGAUGGGUCAGAGAAAGGAGAUUUCAUUGCUUUGGAUCUUGGUGGGUCUUUCUUCCGUAUUUUAAGAGUGAAAGUCUCUCAUGAGAAAAAGCAGACGGUGCAAAUGGAAACUGAGAUUUAUGAAACUCCUGAAGAUAUUAUGCACGGCAGUGGAACACGGCUUUUUGAUCAUGUUGCUGAAUGUCUGGGAGACUUUAUGGAGAAACAAGAAAUUAAGGACAAGAAAUUACCUGUUGGGUUCACAUUUUCAUUCCCAUGUAGGCAAUCUAAACUAGAUGAGGGUUUUCUGAUUACGUGGACAAAACGUUUCAAAGCAAGUGGCGUCGAGGGAGCUGAUGUAGUAAAGCUGUUAAACAAAGCCAUCAAGAAACGUGGGGAUUAUGAUGCAGACAUCAUGGCGGUGGUUAAUGACACUGUUGGGACAAUGAUGACCUGUGGAUUUGAUGACCAGCGUUGUGAAGUUGGCUUAAUUAUUGGUACUGGUACAAAUGCCUGCUAUAUGGAGGAAAUGAGGCACAUUGAUCUGGUGGAAGGUGAUGAAGGGCGCAUGUGCAUUAAUACGGAAUGGGGUGCCUUUGGAGAUGACGGCUUAUUAGAAGACAUCCGGACUGAAUUUGACAGAGAGAUUGAUCGGGGUUCCCUUAAUCCUGGGAAGCAACUAUUUGAGAAGAUGGUCAGUGGUAUGUACAUGGGUGAACUUGUCAGGCUUAUCCUUGUAAAAAUGGCCAAAGAAGGUCUCCUUUUUGAGGGGCGAAUCACUCCUGAACUUUUAACCAAAGGGAAAUUAGAAACUAAGGAUGUUUCUGCCAUAGAGAAGAGCAAAGAAGGUUUGCAUAAAGCCAAAGAUAUACUGACACGUCUUGGGGUUGAGCCUUCCCAUGAAGACUGCAUCGCUGUCCACCAUGUUUGCACCAUUGUGUCGUUCCGCUCUGCAAACCUGAUAGCAAGUGUUCUGGGUGCUAUCUUGAAUCAGCUGCGGGACAAUAAAGGAGUUGGCCGGCUACGUACCACGGUGGGGGUGGACGGAUCCCUUUACAAGAUGCAUCCACAAUACUCCAGACGCCUGCACAAAACAGUGCGACGCUUAGUGCCUGACUCUGAUGUGCGUUUCUUGCUCUCUGAGAGCGGCAGCGGGAAGGGGGCUGCCUUUGUGACAGCAGUAGCUUAUCGGCUGUCGGAGCAGCACCGGCUGAUCGACGAGACCCUGGCAGAAUUCAAGCUCACCAACGAACAGCUGCUUCAGGUGAAGAAGCGGAUGAGGAUGGAGAUGGAGGCUGGCCUCAGGAAGAAGUCACACGACCACGCCAAGGUCAAGAUGCUGCCCACCUUUGUCCGCAGCACCCCUGACGGGACAGAGAAUGGAGACUUCCUGGCUCUGGAUCUUGGUGGAACAAAUUUCCGUGUUUUGCUUGUGAAGAUCCGAAGUGGUAAAAGAAGAAUGGUGGAAAUGCACAAUAAAAUCUAUUCAAUUCCUAUAGAAGUUAUGCAAGGGACUGGAGAAGAGCUGUUUGAUCACAUUGUCACCUGCAUUUCGGACUUCUUGGAUUACAUGGGAAUAAAAGGAGCUUGUCUCCCUCUGGGCUUUACGUUUUCUUUUCCCUGCAAACAGACCAGCUUAGAUGCUGGCAUCCUUUUGAAUUGGACCAAGGGUUUUAAGGCUACUGACUGUGAAGGAGAGGAUGUUGUUAAUUUGCUAAGAGAUGGAAUUAAAAGAAGAGAGGAAUUUGAACUGGAUGUUGUGGCUGUAGUGAAUGAUACAGUUGGAACUAUGAUGACUUGUGCCUAUGAAGAUCCGAAUUGUGAAAUAGGACUCAUUGUGGGAACUGGAAGCAAUGCGUGCUACAUGGAGGAAAUGAGAAAUGUUGAAAUGGUUGAGGGAGACCAGGGAAGGAUGUGUGUGAAUAUGGAAUGGGGUGCCUUUGGGGACAAUGGAUGUCUAGAUGACAUUAGGACUAUCUAUGACAAAGCUGUGGAUGAAUAUUCGUUAAAUAGUGGCAAGCAAAGGUAUGAGAAGAUGAUCAGUGGAAUGUAUUUAGGGGAAAUUGUUCGUAACAUUUUGAUCGACUUCACAAAAAGAGGAUUCCUCUUCAGAGGUCAAAUUUCAGAGACACUGAAAACUAGGGGCAUUUUUGAAACCAAGUUUCUUUCACAAAUUGAGAGUGAUAGGUUAGCGUUGCUUCAGGUCCGUACCAUCCUCCAGCAGCUUGGCCUGAACAGCACUUGUGAUGACAGUAUAAUUGUGAAGACGGUAUGUGGAGCCGUGUCACGGAGAGCCGCUCAGAUGUGUGGGGCUGGAAUGGCUGCUGUUGUAGAUAAAAUAAGGGAGAACAGAGGCUUGGAGCAUCUGAAUAUAACCGUGGGUGUAGAUGGUACACUAUACAAGCUUCAUCCACACUUUUCAAGGAUCAUGCACCAAACGGCAAAGGAGCUGGCACCCAAAUGCGAUGUGACAUUCCUGCUUUCAGAAGAUGGCAGUGGCAAAGGAGCUGCCCUCAUCACCGCGGUGGGAUGCCGACUCCGCGAUUCUGAGCACAACUGAACUCUGCUCCCCGGGCUGCUUAUGACUUCCAGGCACUUUCUUGACAAGCAGCAGUUCUGUAGUCUGAACUGGUGGGGAGAGCCCAGAAUUCACUGCUUGGUGGAAGAGUUGGGGUUUAAAAAAAAAAUAAAAUAAAAAUAGAAUGCUGACUACGUAUGAUGUUGCUGAUAAUAUCUCCCACUUUGGAUCCUUUGUCUGCAUGUGUCUUUUUCUGCCCUAUUUAGUACAUUCCCCAUCUGUGGUUCAUGAAAACAUGGACUUAUAAUUUAAACAAAUGUCAGAAACUAGUUUAUGAUUUGAGGUUCUAAAAUUAUGGCCGGAAAAUAGACGUGAACGAGAGCAGGUGGUACUGUGUCAAGUAUAUUCUUUGCCGCUGCUACUACGUCCAUAUUAAAUAAAUAUACCACCAACAGUGCUCAAUAUGAGGCAAAUGCUUAUGCAAAGGGAAGUUAGCAAUUCCCAUCUGACCUUUUCGCCUAAUGUUUUAUUCUCUCCUCGCCCGUCUUGGAGUUUCCACAGCUGUCGGGUAGCAUCUGAACUUUCUGUACUCAGAUUUCCCUUAAUCUGAAUUUUCUUCUGUUUGCACUGAAUCGUUGGAUGGAUGGAUCAAUUAAUCAGUCAACCAGUAUCUCUCCCCACAUUUCUAUUAUCCCUGGCAUUUCUCUUUGCUUUGGUGAUCGAUGUCAAAUUUCCAAGUAAAGCGUGUACCAUUUCAAAAGGCAAGUCUUUACUGAUAAAAUCAAGUGUCCUAGGGUAAUCCAAAUCUCUAGUUAUGGGAAAUGUUUUUUGCCUUUAUAUUGGCUUUGCUAUUGUCCAGGGUUUCCCCUCCCCACUUCUCUUAAUAAAAGAGUUUGGAAUUUCCUUCUUGUUGUUUUAUGUCCUGCUGAGAGCCACUUCCAAUCUGUAAGAUCCUGAAUUCUGGGAGAAACACGAGAGCUUGUAUGGGGGAAUAUAAUGAGAUGUGGGGGGCAGAGCCUUGAGUUUCUGUCAGAUCCAAAUCACAGAUGCACAUCUGGGAGAACUGAAUCAAUGUAAGGCCAGUGUUAGCAUCCAACUCCCAAGGCUAUAGGCAUCUGCAGAACUGAAGCCCCAUCUCUUUUUCCUAUGUGUUUAGGUAGGGCUUUGAUUGUGUGGUCCUGGCCACCACCACCACCACCACCUUCUUUUUUUACAAAGUCCACCCCUUUGCUCUGGACGUACGAUAGCAGUGACUACAGACCUGACCACCAUUUUGAUUUUCUCUCAUAGCCCAGGAUGCCUGAUACAACAUUAUUGCAGGAAACUGAGCAGGUGCAGGUGGCUUUCUAAUUCAGAUGCUUCUGUAUGGCAGCAUUUACACCAUUGCAAAACAUUAAAAAGUCUUGACUUUGCUAUAGCCAAAGAAUCAGAGGGGAAAAUGUGACAUACUCUACUUCUGUUAACAUUACAAUAGCAGAAUUUGUGGUGGUGAAAUCGUAUUGAUUUUUAUGGAGUUGGAUUGCACCCAUUAUACUUCUGAAAAUGCACACUUGGAGGUAGUUUUAAGAGCACUGUUAGCUUUUAAAUUAGGCAUGUGGAUAGCACGCUUAACAAUUCUAGGAACAUUAAGUUUCAAGGCCUGGUUUAUGCUCCAGCUGGACUUGGCCGUGUGAUUUACCAAGGUACUUGAAAAAUACUGUUACAGGUGUCACCAAAGAAAACAGCAUGCAAACCAUGGAUAUCCCAGGCAUAAGACCUCAGUUUGACCUAGACUUGAAAUUCAAAUUAGAAUGUGACUGUAGAGAUAUCUGAACACUGUCCUCUUGUUAGUAAUUGCCCAAGUAGUGAAUGUAUCAGCUGGUCUUUUUAAAAGCUGGCCAGAUACCUCCAUUCCAGUGUGAAAUGAUAUCGAUCACAUCAUUGGCAACAGCAACAAGAAAAUAAAACAAGCUUAGUGUAUUACUUUGUAUCUCAAGAUUUGGAUUGCCCUCUCCUUUAAUAAGCAUUUUCAGUGUGCAUUUUGGUGCAUUGUGAUCGAAUGUUGUGGUAAAACGAGUCUCGCCCAUUAUUUUGCAGCUUUCAGUGUGUGUGUGUGUGUGUUGCGUGUAUGUCUUCCUGAAGGACCGCAUGAUUCCCAUGGUUUACCUAUGCUAGAAAGCCUUUUUAUAUUGCCUACUAGUAGUGAUGAUACUACAUAGUGCAAAGUGGAUAUUUGUGACAUAAUUAAACUUUAUUUUGAUGCGUGUUUA